AAUGUUUUAACUGCAGCUCGUGAAGAGAUAGAGAAGGACAGGAAGGUGAAAGGGAGAUGGGUUUUCUUUGUUUUGUCAGGUUCUGUGGUUUUGGGGCCUGUUGUUUCUGAGUAGUUGUUUGUUGUAGUUGGCAAUUAUCUUUGUCCUCCUCCUGAUGGACUCUCCAAGGAUCUCUGCUUUCCUCUUCUUCCCUCCACAAUAAACAACCACCAUUCUAUUUCUUCCCUCCAUUUUAUUAUUAAUAUUCAUUACCAUAUCAGCCUCCAUUAGCAUUGGAUGAUUCAUCUCUCUCUCUCUCUCUCUCUCUCUCUCUCUCUCUCUCUCUUUCUCUCUCUACCUGUGACUCUGUAUUGAUUGAGAUAACAAGAUUUGAUAUAUAUGGUGAGAAGAAACAGUUUAACAUAGAGAAAGUAAUAGGUUAAAAUAAAAAAGGAAUGAAUGGUGGUACUGCUUCUGAAGAAGAAUUCUCUGAGUUUGUAGAGGUUGAUCCUACUGGAAGAUAUGGAAGAUACAAUGAAGUUCUUGGCAAAGGAGCUUCAAAAACAGUAUAUAGGGCCUUUGAUGAGUAUGAAGGGAUUGAAGUGGCAUGGAAUCAGGUGAAGCUUUAUGAUUUUCUGAGAAACCCUGAGGAUCUCGAGAGGCUAUACCGCGAAAUUCAUCUACUCAAGACCUUGAAACACAACAAUAUCAUGAAGUUUUACUCCUCUUGGGUUGAUAGUACCAACAGAAAUAUCAACUUUGUUACUGAGAUGUUUACUUCUGGUACUCUCAGGCAGUAUAGGCUAAAACACAAGAGAGUUAAUAUCAGGGCAGUGAAGCAUUGGUGCAGGCAGAUUUUGAAAGGGCUUCUCUAUCUUCACAGCCAUGACCCUCCUGUGAUCCACAGAGAUCUCAAGUGUGACAACAUUUUCAUCAAUGGAAACCAAGGUGAGGUCAAGAUUGGUGAUCUUGGCCUCGCUGCUGUCCUCCGUAAAUCCCACGCUGAUCGUUGUGUUGGAACACCGGAGUUCAUGGCUCCAGAGGUUUACGAAGAGGAAUACAAUGAGUUGGUUGACAUUUAUUCUUUUGGGAUGUGCAUCUUGGAGAUGGUUACCUUUGAAUAUCCAUAUAGCGAAUGCACUCAUCCUGCUCAAAUCUAUAAGAAAGUUAUCAAUGGGAAAAGGCCAGAAGCCCUGUUCAAGGUGAAGGAUCCUGAGGUGCGGCGUUUUGUUGAGAAAUGCUUAGUGACCGUCUCUCAUAGGCUUUCUGCUAGGGAGCUUUUGAGAGACCCUUUUCUCCAGGUUGAUGACUACGGAUACGAUUUAAGGCCAAUAGAGUAUCAAAGAGAUAUGUAUGAAAUAGGGCCUCUCUUAAGACAACCUCACUCUUCACUUCAUCAAAGUAACAGCUCUUUGAGCAACGGGCAUGGCAAUUAUCUUGGUUACGAAACAGAAAAUGAUUUGGACUACAAUCCGAUUGAUUAUGGAUUGAGCGAAAUUGAUCUCUUCGCUUGUCAAGAGGAUGAGCAUUUGGGAGAUGUUGACCUCACAAUCAAGGGGAGGCGGAAAGAAGACGAUGGCAUCUUUUUAAGGCUCAGAAUUGCAGAUAAAGAAGGCCGCAUCCGAAACAUCUAUUUCCCUUUUGAUACUGAGAAUGACACGGCAUUGAGUGUUGCCAGAGAGAUGGUUUCUGAGCUUGAUAUCACAGACCAAGAUGUUACAAAAAUAGCAGAGAUGAUUGAUGGUGAAAUUACUACCUUGGUACCGGAGUGGAUUAAGGGAUGUGGCAUAGAAGAAAUUCCCCAUUGCAAUAAUGCAAGUUUUUGUCAAAAUUGUGCUUCGUAUGGUUCCAUUUUGGAUUAUGCAUCACCAGAUAUUCCAGGCGUCAAGCACCUCCAAGUUCUUCAGUGCUCAAAACACGGAUCAGCUGCUGUCCAUGGACGUUUCGAAGAGAUUACAUACCAAGUUGAAGGCGCAGAGCAUAGUCUUACAGGUGCACCUAGAACAUCAAACCAUUCUGAUGGCUUGCACUAUGCUGAUAUCUGGGCUCAAAGAGAAGGACCGGAAUUAAGCUCACAAGGUUCAGGAGAUUCCAGUGAUAUCCAAUGCAACGAAAAUCAUGAAGCAUUGGAUGUAACAAACUUUGGUAAGGAAGAGAGAAUUAUAAUGAUGGACAACCAGAGCGAUUCGAAAGCAAGAAAAUCUUUCUCAGAGAAACUUUCAGCCAGUUCUGAUCGGUUAGAUGAUUAUGAGAACGAGCUUCGUCAAGAACUACGAUGGCUCAAAGCAACGUAUCAAAUGCAGUUGAGGGAGAUUAGGGACCAACAGCUUGGAGCUAGACCGAAAGCUUCAAGCCUAAGUCCAAAUUCAAAUCACUCAGGGAACAGGGAAACAAAUGGAGUUUCAAUGUCCUCGGCUUCGUCCCAGCGGACGAAAGAAAACAAAAAACCUUCCUUGAAAUCGUUUUCCUCGGGGAAGCAUUUCACAUAUUCUCCGGUGGAUGCUGAAAAGAAACAUUUGGCAAGCCCUGGUGUCCAAAAUCACGAGGCAUUUGAUGGGGCUUACAGUCCUGAACAAAUCAUCACUGCAAAGAGUUUCUACAUUGGUGCAUUGCUUCCACACUCCCUUCACCGGGCAACUUCUCUACCGGUCGAUGCUAUAGAUGUUUAAGGGCCUGCCAACUUCUCUAUUUCUGUCACCAGGUUUACACCACACCCUCAAAUAAUACUAGCAGCUGCCUCUUUUCACCGAUACGAAAAACGAAUGUGAUGGAUAUUACUUGUACAACAGUACAAGCAGAGAUGUAAUUUACAGCUUGUAGGUUUUGAAACAAUUCCAGGUAAAACAAUUGAAUCAAUGAACAUUACCCACUAACAUGAAAGUAACAAGGCUUGAUUACAUGAA